AGAGAGAGAGAGAGAGAGAGAGAGGAGGAGGUGGUGGGGAUGAACAGAAGCCUGCUUCUCUCCAUCUCCGCUGCUGGCUGCUGUGCCGUCCCUUUACGCGGAGAGCAUUACGCAUCAGUGGACUAUAGAGUGAGGACCCCGCACAACGCCGCACGUUUCCGUCCCUACAAACCUUUAUCGACAGGUCCAUCCGGGUCUGCUUUGGACUUAAGGGCAUCCCCUGCGUUUCCCGAGAAGUCUGGACAACUACUCAUCUCCCUCCAUCCCUGCCUUUUUCUUCCAAAUCCUUGGAUCUAUAGCUCUCGAAAACGCGCGCGCUCCUCUGCUUUAAAAUGCAAGCCGGACGCAAAUCGUGUUGGAGGCAAUUGCAGGCGUCUUUUUUCAGACUGCUAUGUCUUAUCCCCACAGGAUUCCCCGUCCGGAGUGUGGAUAUGCAGCGGGCCACUGACAACAUCACCAUCCGCCAGGGCGAUACGGCGAUCAUAAGGUGUUACGUUGAUGACAAAGUGUCCAAGGUGGCCUGGCUCAAUCGAUCCAACAUCAUCUUUGCCGGCCAGGACAAAUGGUCCCUGGACCCCAGAGUCGAUCUGGUCACUAAAGGACAGCUGGAGUACAGCCUGCGCAUACAGAAGGUUGACGUCUACGAUGAGGGCUCAUACACCUGCUCCAUACAGACCAAGCAGCAGCCCAAGACCUCACAGGUCUACCUCAUCGUACAAGUUCCUGCCAACAUCUACAAAGUGUCAGAGGACAUCAUCGUGAAUGAGGGCAGUAAUGUGACACUCAGUUGUUUGGCCAGUGGCAGACCAGACCCUGCAAUCAACUGGCGGCUGCUCAACCCUUCAGCAGAGCCGCUGGAUGGAGAAGAGUACCUGGACAUUAUAGGUAUCAUGCGAAACCAGGCGGGUCGUUACGAAUGCAAGGCCAGCAACGACGUCGCCACGCCGGAUGUCAAAUACGUCAAUGUUGUUGUGAACUAUCCUCCGGCAAUAAAGAAAACCCAGAGCUCAGAGACUCAGGUGGGCCGCAUGGGGACGCUGCAGUGUGACGCCACCGCCGUGCCCACACCAGAGUUCGAAUGGUACAGGGACGAAAAAAGGCUGUCCAAUGCCCAGGGCAUCAAUAUCCAAAUCCUUGGCACCACCACGAUUCUCAUGCUUGCCAAUGUCACCGAAGAGGAUUAUGGGAAUUAUACCUGUGUGGCCUCAAACCGACUGGGCGUCCAGAAUGCCAGCCUUUUCCUCUAUAGACCUGGGACAGGUCGAGAUAUCAACGGCGCCGCCUGCGUAUCUCGAUCACUGUGGCUCCUGCUGGCCUCCAUCGCCUGCCAUUUCUUCAAGUGUUAAUACCACUGUCCUCCUCCUCUCCCCCAUCACUGCCUUCCUUCCUCCCUUCCUUCCUCCCUUCCUUUCUCCCUUCCUUGCUUCCUUCCUCCCUUCCUCCCUUCCUUCCUUCUGUCCUCCACCGCCUCCUCCCUCUCUCCAGCUCACCGACAUCCUUACUGCUACCUUAUUACCAACUCUACCGCCCUCCUAGACUGUUUGCAUCACGAUAUGAAAAACCUUACAUGCUCUCAAAGCACUGCUUAGAGAUGUGACGAAAAGCGACCGGGGUUGUUUUUAAGAACAACGCCAGACACGGUGACAUGAAGGACAGGAAAAGCAAACAGUGCUCUUUUAAAGAAAUUGCUCUUUUUGAUUCGUAUGCACUUCUUUGUUUCUGCUAUAUCUCGUCUUUGGGGUCUGGGUCGGGUCUGGGAUUUCUUGUAUUUUUUGUCUUCAUGAGAAUGAAAGCAGAGGCGCUCCGCUCACAGAGAGGCCAACAAUCAUUUGUCUCUAGACGUACUGAAGACAUAUAUUUCUUCUUACUCCCUUUAUGUUAAUUGUAGAUUUAACCGAGUGUUUAACCAGUGCAUUAAUGUGCGACAUGCAAAGUAUCUGCCAAAUAUACAUACACUGUAGAUUUGAAACUAACAGGUGCAGAAAUCGAAGGAGCAGCUGAGUCUGUAAUGAGAUUAAGUCUUGAUAUUAAAGUCUGUAGAACCGUAAUCUGAAGCUACUAAAGCGAAACACAGAUAAACAGCAGUCGUUAGAGUUAUUUCUAGAUGCAGCCGUCACUUGGGUUGUCACCAUCCAGCCCAGAAAUUGCCGAUGAAGCGAAUAGAUUCGACUUGGUCCUAAAGAGCUAAACCAUGUGUGGAACGAACCUGAGGAAACGUUGGUAUUAAUUUGUUGACGGAUUUUUACGUCCUCAUUCACUGGUUUUUUAACCACUCGCCAUUACUCCAAAAAUAUUCCUCCUUAGUUUUUCCGCCGGACUCUCCCUCCAAAUAACAAAAAACAGAGUAGGUUAUACUGACACGUGCUGUACAUAGUAAAAUUUUGUAUUUCUCUAUGAUAAGGCAACUUGCU